AGAGGAAGUCACCAGUGACUCAGGUUGAUGAGGUUUUUUUCCGUUAGUCUGUCUGAGAGGAGGGAAGAGCUUUGCGUGCCGAACCUCAUCUGGACUGAUGGGCACCACGAUGCUGACAACCCAGCUGUUUGCCUUUGGCCUGCUGUUCACGCUAGGAGGCUGCACCCCUGCCAGUCCUGUCAUGACAACGAUCCCUGCAAUCACAACGGAUUCUCUAGAAGGAAACAAGAGCCUGUCAGAUGUUGUAACCACAAAGCAGCAGCCUACAACACUCAACCUGCAGGAUGGCGAUGUGUCUACCAACAGCAGCGGAGCCCUGGAGGGAAACAACAUCAGUGCCACUCAAUUCCCCAUGGAUUCUGAUUACACUGGGGGCCUCAGCACCACCACGGAGCCAGCCUCCUCUACCACUACGUCCGUAUCCUCGACCAGUGCAGAAACACAGAGCUCCACUUCCUCACAAGGGAACCAGGACAACUCUGAACAAGCAGGGUCUGGAGUUAAAGAAGACAGCAGCGACAAUGAUUUUAAAUACGAUUACUCCUUUCUUAGACGACUGGGCCUGGUGUUUGCUGGCGUACUGUUCAUCAUGGGCAUCCUGGUCAUGAGCUGUGGCAGAAGCUGCCGGAUGCCGAAGUGCCGCAUGAAAAAGGGAAAGAGCUACGACUUGACCAGAGUUUGAGAAGACAGAGUGAAAGUGUACUUUAAUAACUGGUUUAAAGGGGGAAAUUUCGAUUUCCUGCUCAAUGGAAAUGCGACAUCAGAGAGGAUAUUUGAAGGUGGUUUUCAAAAAUGUAAAAAAAUAGUUUGAAUCCAGUAGUUAUUCCAAAUCAAGACCAGCAGGCUGGAAUUCAAGGACACAUCCGGAAGAUCAUCAAAGGAAAAUUCCUGGUUAAUAUAUAUAUAUGUUGCCUAGUUUAAGUAAUCAGAAACCCAUGGAAUAUGUCAGGAGAUGCACUGUAGAGGCAGAGACACCUGGCAUUUUGUGUGUGUGCUGUUUUGUUCUGCUGCAAUUCAAUCCGGAGAUUCCUUAAGAAAAUUCCAAGACUUGCGCUCAGAGACUGGAGAGCUGAUUUCCCUGCACUGCCUGUUCAGUAGCAAUCUUUGGAGGGUGGAUUCUCCAUUGAGAAUGUAGCCGAUACAAUAACUGGGAGGCCUACAUUUUUUUGUAAGACAUUUAGCAAUAUAGUGAAUAGAUCAAUGCUCAGUAAGAGGAGUUGUUGUCUUCCGAAAGAGCAUAAGUGAACUCAUCAAUGAUAUUCCUCCACUUUACCAUGGUACUGUAGUUCUGAGCUCUUAAGAGUUUUCCUGAGGUGUCCUAAGUGUCAAACCCUCCCUCAUUGUUGUGUGCUGCACUGGGUCAAGGGUUUCCCAUGAUGCACCUGGAGAGAUGUGAAUUAGGGUUAUCCACAGUGUUCCCAUGAUCCUGGGCAGUACAGAAACAAUUUCUCGUCGCCAUUUCCAUUGGCUCAUGAUUUACAGCUGUAUUGAAAGUGUAAACAAUUUCCUCUUUUCAAGGCCAUCUAAUGGCUUUACCAUAUUUACAUGACUGUUUUUUAAAUUUACUUUUAUUCGUUCCAGUAAAGAGUAUUUGGAUUUUCAA